AAAGCAAUAUUUGAGUAUUUGCAUCAACAUAUACCAUCCGAAUAAAAAAACGAACAGGGCCCCAGUCUUCAUCAAUUUUCGUUGGAUCUGGUCUCAGUAAUUGCAUUCGUUCUGCUGUGGUUAGCUUCGUCACCCAAAGCGAAGCUUUAAUCGCAAUUCACGCCUCCAUCUAACCGUUAUAAUGGCGUCAGGGACAAUGGGAGGAGGCGGAGGCUUAUCGGAGGUAUAUAGUAGCGCGAAGAAGAUUCUACUUAAGGCUCGCUACGGAAUCGAGCGGUUGGAGAGGUUCGAAUCAGCUCCUAUGGAUUCUCCCGAUCUGUCCUCCUCUGUGAAACGAGACAUCACCGAGGUCCAAUCUCUCUGCUCUAACAUGGACGCUCUCUGGCGCUCGAUCUCGGUUAAAUCGCAACGUGAUCUUUGGAGAAGAAAGACUGAACAAGUGGGAGAAGAAGCUGAGUAUCUAAACCAAAGCUUGGAAAAAUACAUAGCACAACGUAAAGCUUUGGAUGUUCUGAACACAGUAGGGCUCUCAAACUCGGUACUGAGGCUUAUUGAGAGGCGAAAUCGUGUCGACACAUGGAUCAAAUACGCCGGUAUGAUCGCGACACUUGUCAUUUUGUAUCUUUUCAUUAGAUGGACACGCUAAACCUAAGAGAAGUGAACGACUUGCCUACACAGAUUCUAUGUAGAGUAGAAAGAGUCAUGUGACUUUGAUCUUAGGAUGAUUUGCUUACUAAGCAUUUCGUAUUGUUUAGGCCUCUUUACAAGAUAUUGAUAUACUGUAAGGGUUGGCUGCUUAAUCCCCCCCUCAACAAUAUUGGUUCUGCCUAAUCUCACCCAAACUUUGAAGCUCUUGAUUUUACC